AUGCCAUCACCACCCAAGACCUCCUUAUCAUCUUCUUCGCCCCCAACUGCCCCCUGGAAACCCGCCCGUCUAGACGAAUACCUCUCCCUCUCGCACGCCCCAAACGCAAAAGCCACAUCCUCCAUCGUCAAGCCCUUGUCCAUAAAAGUCGACUCGGGACCCAACGGUAGCGUCCCGGGCUUCUUGCAUCUUCCGCCAGCAACAUCCAGCACCCCCGCCACCAGCACCGGCGUCAUCUUCCUGUCCGGUGCGGGCGGUGGCGUCGUAGGUCCCUCGGCCAUGUACCUCUCUCUGGCCGAGAAACUGGCGUCGCUCCCGCGGCCCAUGGCGGCCCUGCGCCUUGACUACCGCUACCCAGCUUGCACUGCGCACUGCGUCCGUGACGUACUAGCCGCCAUGCGCGAACUGCAGGAUACGUACCACAUGUCAUCCUUUGUGCUCGUCGGCUGGUCCUUUGGCGGCGCACCCGUGUUCACAGUCGCAGGGCAAGACGAACGCGUGGUAGGAUGCGUGGGUAUCGCUUCUCAGACUGCUGAUACAGACGGGAUACAGUUCCUUGCGCCACGGCCUGUGUUAUUGAUUCAUGGCACGGGGGAUCGCACGCUGGGUCAUAGUUGCUCGGAACGGCUUUACGAGGCGUAUGGGAGGGGGGGAAAGAGGGAGUUGAGGCUUUGUGAAGGGGAUGAUCAUGCGCUGACAAGGAGUUCACGCGAGGCGGAGCAGGUUGUGGGCGGGUUCGUACUCGAAUGUGCGGGGUUGGAGGUGAGGGGGAAUGGGAGAGGGAUGGGCGAGGUGUUGGUGGGGGAGGAAGAGAAGGUAGAAUUGAUGUGGAAAGGGGGGGAUUUGAGAGGGGAGGAGAGGGUGGAGUAG